AUGUCUCUCUCCAGCAAGCUGUCCAUCACUGACUGUGAUCUGAAGGGCAAGCGGGUCCUCAUCCGCGUCGACUUCAACGUGCCGCUCGACGCAGACAAGAAGGUCACCAACAACCAGCGCAUCGCCGGAGCCGUCCCCACCAUCAAGUAUGCCAUCGACAACGGCGCAAAGGCCGUGGUGCUCAUGUCCCACCUCGGCCGCCCCGACGGCAAGGCCAACCCCAAGUACAGCCUGAAGCCUGUCAUCCCGGAGCUCGAGAAGCUGCUGGGCAAGAGCGUCGAGAUGGCACCGGACUGUGUCGGUUCCGAAGUCGAGGCGAUCGUAAACGAGGCGGACAACGGCCAGGUCGUCCUACUGGAGAACCUGCGCUUCCAUGCCGAGGAGGAGGGAUCCUCCAAGGACGCCGAGGGCAAGAAGGUCAAGGCUGACAAGGCCAAGGUCGAUGAGUUCCGCAAGGGCUUGACCGCACUUGGUGACAUCUACAUCAACGACGCCUUCGGCACAGCACACCGUGCCCACUCUUCCAUGGUCGGUGUUGACCUACCACAAAGGGCCGCCGGCUUCCUCAUGAAGAAGGAACUGGACUACUUUGCCCAGGCGCUCGAGUCGCCUAAGCGGCCCUUCCUGGCCAUCCUGGGUGGCGCCAAGGUGUCAGACAAGAUCCAGCUGAUCGACAACCUGCUAGACAAGGUCAACGCGCUGGUCAUCUGCGGCGGCAUGGCAUUCACAUUCAAGAAGACGCUGGAGGGCGUCAACAUCGGCAACUCGCUCUUCGACGAGGCCGGCGCCAAGACGGUGGGCCAGCUAAUGGACAAGGCCAAGAAGAACGGUGUCAAGGUCACGCUGCCCGUCGACUACGUCACGGCGGACAAGUUCGACAAGGACGCAGCGACCGGAACCGCCACCGACAAGGACGGCAUUCCCGACGGCUGGAUGGGCCUCGACUGCGGGCCCGAGUCCAUCAAGCUGUACCAGGAGGCCAUCAACUCGGCCCAGACCAUCCUGUGGAACGGCCCUGCCGGCGUCUUCGAGUUUGAAAAGUUCGCCAAGGGCACCAAGGCCACGCUCGAUGCCUUCACUGCUGCUGUUGCGAAGGGCAGCAUCGGUAUCAUUGGUGGUGGUGACACGGCGACUGUUGCCGCCAAGUACGGCGUUGAGGACAAGUGCUCGCACGUCUCGACCGGUGGCGGUGCGUCGCUGGAGCUGCUCGAGGGCAAGGAGCUGCCCGGCGUAACUGCGCUGAGCACCAAAUGA